AGCUAUUCUGGUUCGACUGCAGCCUGAUACCACUUGUGCGUUCACUGGGUGAUGGAGGGCUGCUUUAGCUGCUUUUACUACAACGCCAAAAAGGAGGUGUCAUGCUUGGAGCGCCGAAAGAAACAGAUCCUUGACAAGAUAGCGUGUCUUCAACGCGACAUCGUUUAUGCCGAAGAAGAUCAAGAGAAGCAUGAGAGGUUGAUUGCAAGGCAUCAGGCACUCCGCAGAUCAUUGCGCACUGAGCUUCGAGAACUGGCCGAGAAUGUAGACGAGUUGCACCAAUCACAUGACAACCUUUCAUCACAGGUGCAGGAGAGCAAGCUGCAAUUGGAGGAGAUUGGUGCUGCUCGCGAUCGCUUGAAGGAUCAGGUAGCCGCCGAAGCCUUGGAACUCCAAGUGGUGGAGGUCGAGUGCAAGCGAGCUUCGUUGGAUUUGGAGUCUGCGCGCGAGGAGAAGGAGCAAGUCGAAGCGCAGGUCAUGCGCCAGCGGGAGGAAAAUGAUGCUUUGAGGGCAGAGUACGAAAGGGCCAGCAUGGAGGCUGCCACCAUUCGCGCCAAAAUGAUGGCAGCCAAAGAGGAAACCGAUGAAGCCACAAAGGCAAUUUCCAGAAGUGGGAGACAAAUGAAAGAAGUGGGAGACAAGCCAGCCGGGAACCCGACCAGACCAUCCAGCACCAAGGCUCUGAAGGAUCUCAUUGAGGGCUUGGGCACAUUGACUUCUGCUCCACCAAAGGUUCUGACCAUUGACGCCAACCACGAGCGCCUCACGCGAGUGCUGGUGACCGGACCGCCUGAAGUUGUCAAGGUGCCUGUACCUUCGGCUCCAGGGCGAGCGGAUUUGCUGUCUCCUAGGGCACGCAGCCGCUGCUCACCUGACUCUUCCACACCAGUGCACGGUUCGAAAACUCCACGCACACCGAGCAUGAUGCCAAAAUUCCGCGGGAAGUCCUUGUCGCCGCCCUUCCGAAGUGGCAGUGGUGUACGAAGCCCCACGCCGGUGACUGCUCGGUCACCUACACCCACCAGUGGGCCGCCCGGGACUCGCUCAGCUUCCGAAGGACCGCCAAGUGCUGGAGAAGAUGCUGUUUCACAGGCUCGAAGAUGCCUCAGGGAGAUCGAGAAGCAACAUGGAUUUAAGAGCAAGCAGGCGAUGAAUGCUUGCACUGAACUUGCGUUGCAAUUGGAGGAGUUCACGCCAGCCACAAAGGAAGCAGGGCAAUUGCUGCGCCGUGCCUUCGAAGGAUCCAUCGAAAUGUUCGGAAAGGAUGACCUCCAGACCUUGACGACUGUGAACAAUUUGGCCGUCUACUUGGACAACAUUGGAGAGAAGGAGGAGGCACUGGGUUUGUAUCGUUGGGCCCGAGAUGGACGUUUGAAACAGCUCGGACCAAGUCACCCAUACACCUUGGAUUCAACCUACAAUCUGGCAUGCUUUCUCCUCUACGACAAUCAGCUGGCAGAAGCUUGGCAGGCGUUCACCGAAGCCCGGGAUGGUUGCGUGGAGUGCUUUGGGUGGAAUCAUCAAGGAACCCUUGAUUGCACGGAGCGCAUGGUUGAUAUCCUUGAGGCUGAAGGAAAACUCGAUGAAGCCGUGCAGUUGUGCAAGGAGCUCUUGUCACGCUCGCAGGACAUGCAGCACUCCAAAGACAAUCCGCAGAAAAUGAGGGCCUUGGUGACGCUGGGGUCCCUGCUGGCUGCAGCAGGCCGUAUGUCUGAGGCCGAGCCCUGCUUUCGACAAGCCGUGGAGGAAUGCAGUCGAACCUUUGGAGCCGAUGACCCAUACACGAUUGAUGCCAUCUUCAACCUUGCAGUUAGCCUCGAGGACCAGGGCAAGUUGUCAGAGGCCGAAAAGCAUUACAAGGCUGCGGCAGAUGGGCGCACACGAGCUUUCGGAACUGAUCAUGUUGACACCCUGCACGCUGAACAAGCACUAAUGAUGUGCCGUUCCGCGAUUCAGGGUCAAUGAAAGACGAUCAUAGAGUGGGGCAGCAGUGCCGAAAUGAGGCAUUGCCCGCUGGCCCCUUGCAGAUUUUCUUUGCACGGCUGCACAACUUUGCAG